AUGAUAGACGAUGACGACAAAGAGCUCGUCGCCCUUGGCUAUGUCCCGUCUUUCAAGCGGGAAUUCUCAAAUCUGGCGACGAUUAGCUUUGCGUUCAGUAUAAUGGGUGUAUGUUCGAGUAUAUCGACGACUUUUAACACCCCAUUACUGCUCGGAGGACCAUCUUCGGUCGUAUGGUGCUGGAUCCUAGGUGCAUGCAUGUGCUUCACUCUAGGAUCCAGUAUCGCCGAAAUCGUUAGCGCUUAUCCGACCUGUGGUGGACUGUACACGGCUUCGGCCCAGCUCACACCUCAGAAGCAUCGUGCGAGGAUCGGUUGGUUGGUUGGGUGGCUAAAUAUUCUGGGCCAGAUCGCGGGUAUAUCUUCAACAGAGUUCGGUCUAUCAAAUAUGAUAUGGGCCGCUGUUGUCAUCGGCAAGGAUGGGAACUAUGAACUUACUCAAGGAAAGGUCGUUGGGCUCUUCGUUGGCUUACUCGUCUUCCAUGGUAUCCUGAACUCGCUCGCAACUCGCUACCUUGCUCGUUUAUCGUCUUCAUUCGUCUUUGUUAAUCUUGGAGCCACAUUCCUUAUUAUCAUCGUCCUUCUUGCCACGACAGGUCGCGAAAACAUGCAUCCAGCCAGUUACGUCUUUGGCUCAGCGGGGCUUGUGAACCAAACCGGAGGCUGGAAUACCGGGUUAGCGUUCCUGUUUGGGCUGUUGAGUGUACAAUGGACAGAUUACGACGCCACUGCACAUAUCUCUGAAGAAGUCCGACGUGCUGCGUACGCUGCACCUUCGGCUAUUUUCAUCGCGGUAAUCGGCACCGGGAUCUUUGGAUGGCUCUUCAAUAUCGUACUGGUUCUUUGCUCUGGACCGCUGGAAGACCUUCCGGGAGCUUCUGGCUCUGCUGUGCUUGAGAUCAUGUACCUUCGAAUGGGGAAGACUGGAGCGCUAAUACUAUGGGCUUUUGUUUGCCUCACAGCCUUCUUCGUCGUUCAAACCGCGCUACAGGCUGCGUCACGUACUGUUUACGCCUUCAGCCGCGACCACGGGCUCCCCGAUGCCGGUUACUUUGGCCACAACUCCAAGCUGACCAAUACCCCUCUCCGAGCUAUCUUCCUAACUACUUUUGUAUCCGUCCUUCCUGGGUUGCUCGACCUCGCAAGUCCCAUUGCCGCCAAUGCCAUCUUCUCGCUGACUGCCAUGGCCCUGGACCUGAGCUACAUCAUCCCCAUCUUCCUCAGACGAGUAUUUCAAAACCACCCCGAGGUCAUGUUCAAACCUGGUCCCUUUUAUAUGGGUGAUGGCUUCCUGGGGGCUGCGAUGAAUUGGACAUGUAUCCUGUGGACUAUAUUCGUGUGUGUGAUCUUCUCGUUCCCGACCGUGAAACCCAUCACGAAGGAGAAUAUGAACUACGCUUCUGUGAUAACGAUUGGUGUCAUGAUUCUAGCAUUCGCGUGGUAUAUCGUCGAUGGCCACAGACAUUAUCAUGGACCUCAGUCAAAUCUUGUCCCCGGGCGGUCAUACGUAGACGAUGGCACUGCCGAUGAAAUUACCGUGGCCAAGUCAAAAAUAGACCGGGAACAGGACCAUGAGGAUGUUUAG